AAAAGUGUCGUAAAUAGGGGCGCGGCGUGCUGACCAGACCAAAAUGCCAGGGAAGGUUCCUGAUGUGGAUAAGACUUUGGCACGUGCUGUGCUGUUAUCAAGCAAAGAUCCCACUCCAUUGGGUGAAUUUCGACCUCAUUACAAGACUCUGGUUGGACGAUAUUUUCAGUACAGACAAAUGGGAUUCAGUACGCUGCUAGAUUGUUUGAAAUCUAUCCCAGAUGUUGUCCGGAUUGAACAUAGUCUACAUGAUGGUAUUUUGCUGUAUGGUGUGAAUAAUGAAAAGACUGAUGACCUCUCCUUAACUACUGAACAUCAUGAUAAGCAGGAAGAUAGUGAUUAUAAAAUGAGGGACCAAUUGUCUGCAAGCAAAUGUGGACUUUAUAGCAUAUGCAUUCCAUCAAUGAAUCAUGAUAAACUGAGAAUAAACUUUCUGCGAAGAAAUGACACGUACAUUAUGGGUGAUGUAUAUGUCGGUGGUGGUAACUACGUCUAUAGAUUGGAUAGUGAUUUACAACUCAUCUAUAAUAUAACAACUAAACCUGAUGAUGGAACUGAUAACUAUAAUAAGAUAUUAUCUAUUAACUAUGAUUACAAUAAUCUGAUUACAUGUGGAAGUUAUCGCGGAGUUUGUCAGAUUAGAGAUUUAUCUGACUUAUCCGUGUUGAAUGAUAGUGUUACUUGGGUUGCUGCACCAACUAAGGAAGACUCAACAGUUGGAUUUGUAGCACCUGGUUAUGAUAAUAAACCGAAUUUGUAUGUUGGCACACCAAGGCGAGGCAAUGCGUAUCCUGGAGAUCAAGCUGUAUCCGGACGACAACUUGAUGAACUAUUGUUUCACUCAGCUAGGUCGUGGGAGUGGGAGUGUGCAGUAGAUAUGUAUUGGUUUUAUGAAAACAGUGUUAUAUAUGUAACUGGAUUCAGUUACCACAGAUUCAGUUAUUUUCUCACUGUUCAACGAUUGAGUAGAAAUGAUAAUACGUACAUAUCUAGGAUUGUACGUGUAUGUCAAGAGAGGAACGACUACUACUACGAUUCUUACACUGAGGUAACCUUACAGUGUGAGGGCUCUGAUAGUACGUUAUACAAUCUACUACAAGCAGCUGAUGUCAUGAGACCAGCGUCAGAUUUAGCUACAUCACUGUCAUUGGAAGACGAUGAGCACGUUCUAUUUGCUGUAUUUGGCAAAGGCAGAACACCAUGGAGUUUAACACCAUUACAACAUUCCGUGAUUUGUAUAUAUAAAAUGACAGACAUUGAACAAGCCUUUAUAGAUGCGAUAUCUGGAUGUAUUACCCAGGGUGGGGAUGAAUAUCAGUUAGACCAUAUCUUUGAAUCGCGGUGUUAUACCUGGGACAAUGGAGGCAACAUACCUGUACAUUUUCAUUCAUAUUACUGCAAUCAAUAUGACAAUGUUAUUCUUCCUGAUCCUGUAAGAGUCUACAAUGAUACGAAGUUUGACGCUUACAGUCGAUAUCUCUAUGUGCUUGUUGAAUAUAAUGUUUACAAGCUGGAGGUACAGAACUGUAAACAAUAUACGACAUGUAGAGAGUGUUUUGAAGCUAUGGAUCCUUACUGUGGAUGGUGCACAUUGGAACGAAGAUGUUCUCUGUAUAACGAAUGUCCAUUUUCGAACAUAAGAUCAAGAUGGCUUAGCGUAUUUUCUGAUGAAAGGUGCGUUAAUAUAACUGAAAUAGAACCAGCUGAUAGUGUGCCGAAAAGUGUACAUAAUCAGAUCACACUUCAUGUGUCUGAACUACCUGAUGAAAGAAACUAUAUCCCUGCAUAUGAGUGUAAUUUUGGAAAUACCUCUAUCACACCUGCUAAUCAAUCUGGACAAACAUUGACAUGUGAAACGCCACUAACCAAUCAGAGACCUGAUAUACCAGAAGGAUGUACAAACUGUGUGAGCAGUAACUGGGCUUGUGAUUGGUGCGUGUAUGAAAAUAUAUGUACACAUGCAAGUGAUACAUGUAUGAAGGAUUCAUAUUCAAGUAUUGUUGUUGGUGAACAUAAUAAAUUCUCUAGUAGAGACAUACGAGGGUGGAGCUCAUGUCCCCAUCUGGAACAGCAAGAUGGUGAGGUGUUAAUACAUGUAGACGAAGCAACACCUAUUGUUAUCUCAGCAGCAAACGUACCUAAGGGUAAUCCUGGGUUUCAAUGCGUUCUGAAAGGAAUUGGUUUCGAGGAUUAUGUAGCAGCUACUAGAUAUAAUGAAUCUACUGUUCUAUGUCAUGCAAAACAAUACAACUAUGACACUAACGUUCAAGAGGUGAAUGUCAGUUUAACUGUACAAUGGAAUAACAACUAUAAGAUUGAUGACAUAUAUGGAUACACUGUAACAUUGUACGACUGUAGAAUUGACCGUAAAGACUGCAGUGGAUGCUUAUCUACAAUAACAACGAGAGAGGAAUUACAAUGUGGAUGGUGUGUCAGUGACAGUUCAUGUCAGAUUUCAUCACAUUGCAAUAGACAUUGGUGGUCACAAGAUGUAACUGAGAAUUGCGAUGAUCCUAUUAUAAGUGAGAUAUAUCCGUCAUCGGGACCUUAUGAAGGAGACACAGAUAUUAUUAUUAAUGGCAGCAACUUAGGCAAGAUGUUUUCUCUCGUUAAGAGUGUCACCGUAGGAGGGCGUUCUUGUACAGUAAUUCAAGAAAGAUACAGAGUAUCAAGAAGUAUUGAAUGUACAACGCAGUCUGGUGAUAUUGAUUAUUCUGGUGAAAUAAGUAUAACAGUUAUUGGUAAUGACGGGAAAACUCAGACUGGAACAUCUGGACAUGUAGUAAAAUUUACAUGGAGGAAACAACGGGUAGUGGGCUUCUUCCCUACUUUUGGGCCCAAAGCUGGAGGUACUAGAAUUCUAAUAUCGGGACAAUAUAUGGAUGCUGGUAGAAAUAUUACAGCUGAUAUUGGUGGUUCAGUAUGCAGUGUUGACAGGGAAGAAGUGAAUGAAACAAAUAUUAUUUGUACAUCAAGCUCACACCAAGUAACAUCAUCCGCCAGUUUUACAGUGUACUUUGAUGGCUCCGCCCGCCCAGUUACUCUUAUAAAUUAUAAAUACUUAGAAAAUCCUGUAAUUAAGAAUAUUUUUCCAUUGUCAAGUAUGUUCAGUGGCGGUCGUCGAAUUGUAGUUUAUGGAGAAUAUUUCCUGUCAGUUCAGGAACCCAGACUUGUCAUUUCCAUGGGUGAUAAGAAAUACAUAUCAAAACCUUGUGACAUGAAUUCCAAUAGUGGGAUGAUAUGCUUCACACCAUGUAUAUCUUGCUUAUCGUCGCCAUCAGAAUUAUCAUCAGAGGUCACAUCACGAUUGCAAAAGACUGUGUGCGGUGACGCGUGUGAAUAUGCCACAAUCGGUUUCUUAAUGGAUGGUGUUGAAGAACUCCGUGAACUACCCAAUUAUGAUUUCAAACUUCACGAAGAUCCAGAAUAUUUUCCAUUUGAUGGCGGGGAUAGCGUCAAAAGAUUCAUAGGAGCGCAAUUGACAAUUCAAGGAAAAAACCUUAAUUUUGCCAGCACAAGGGAAGAAAUAGAAAUAUACAUCGGGACAGAGACAUGUAAUGUCAUUAGUCUAGCUGAUAAUCAAGUCAACUGUAUACCACCCGUAUCACAGCCUAAAGGUGUGAAUGUUAAUGGUACUGCUACUUUUAAUGACUUACCGGAAGUACGGGUCUUUGUAGGUAACCUCGAAUUCCGAAUUGGAUACAUACAAUAUCCGACCACUGAGACAUAUACGGCUAUUAUUGUCAGUAUAUCUGUCAUCGUGCUUGUUCUCUUCUUGCUUAUUGUGGUUGUCUGUGUCGUCUAUGAACGCGCACACAGAAAGGAACAAAAAACGAUUAAACAACUGAGAGCCAAAUUUCUAAGUUUGGAUUUUAAUCUCGAACCUACUAGUACUUCACCUGAAGGGACAGACAAUGUUGAUGAAUUGGAAACCGAUGUAGACAAUGAUAUACAUGGUACAGAUCAUAGUGACAAUGACGUGCACACGAAAUGUACAAGUAGCUAUGAAGAUGUACAACCUUUUACUACCGGUGUCUAUCAAUCAUUGCACAUACCCGUCUCUACCAAUCCCGUUGUAAUGCCAUCAAGUGAGGUACCACCAAUAGCUCAAAGCAAUCUGAAUGAUGAUAUAGUUGAAACGUAUGUGGAUAAUGUUACAAAUGAUGGUCACAACGAGGAGGUGAAUAAGACAAAUACAAGUGUGUAUGAGUCUAUGCAACCCUUUGCUACUAGUGAUUAUCAAGCAUUACACACACAUAUGGCUAAUAUCAAUAAUGACGAGGAGGCAACAAUAAGUCAUUAUCAAGCUUUGGAGUUGCAGAAGUCUAAUAUUUAUGAAAGUAUUCUGCUGGUUAGGGAGUCAUACACAUCAAUGAUUGCCAGUAUAACUGUCGUUGCGUUUGUUUUAUUCGUGCUUAUUGUAGCAGUCAUUGUAAUAUACGAAUGUGCACACAGAAAAAGAUGGAGAAAGAUGAAACUAUUACAAACACAAUUCAUAAAUUUGGAUUUUCUCAAAUUUGACACUGCGAUACACGAGGUAGCACACGAUACAAGUGUACACGAGGUCCAAAGAACAGCACCGACCAAUCCAACUACAGGGGCUUAUGAAUCUGUGCAACCAUUCACCGCCAGUGAAUAUCAAUGUUUAAACAAAUCCUGCUCUACAAAGGAUGGAACACCAGAUACAAGUGUGGGCGAGGACUCAACAACACCCACCAAUUCAACUACAGGGGCUUACGAAUCUGUGCAACCAUUCACCGGCAGCGAGUAUCAAUGUUUAAACAAAUCCUGCUCUACAAAGGAUGGAACACCAGAUACAAGUGUAGGCGAGGACCCAACAACACCGACCAAUCCAACUACAGGGGCUUACGAAUCUGUGCAACCAUUCACCGCCAGCGAGUAUCAAUGUUUAAACAAAUCCUGCUCUACAAAGGAUGGAACACCAGAUACAAGUGUAGGCGAUGACCCAACAACAACCACCAAUCCAACUACAGGGGCUUACGAAUCUGUGCAACCAUUCACCGCCAGCGAAUAUCAAUCUUUACAUAAAUCGCGCUCUUCAAAGCAGGACGAAACACUAAGUGCAGGCGAAGACCCAUCUACAGCAACCAUUCGCCAAGAACAGUAA